AGGCUGCGUUCCCGCUAGAGGUCGCGGUGGGUCAGGCCGCCCAGGGGCGGGGCCACCUGGCGGGUCGGAGUCGGUCGCCUGCCCCGAGCCAUGGCGCCGCGCCGCCGCCGCCGGCCCCCUCGGGGCCGCGAGCCCGAGUCCGAGUCCGAGCCCGGCGAGCUCCGCCUGGGGCCUACGGAGGGGAGCCCGGAGCGGCCGCAGGGAUCCGGUAAGGUCUUACCAGCCUUUCCAACGCCUGAUUACUCCUCUGACAUGGAGCCAGACACUAGAGAGAUGGUACGAGCACAGAACAAAAAGAAGAAGAAAUCAGGGGGCUUCCAGUCUAUGGGCUUGAGUUAUCCUGUAUUCAAAGGGAUCAUGAAGAAAGGCUACAAAGUGCCUACGCCAAUCCAGCGAAGGACCAUCCCUGUGAUCCUGGAUGGGAAAGACAUGGUGGCCAUGGCAAGGACUGGCAGUGGGAAGACGGCUUGUUUCCUCAUCCCCAUGUUUGAGAAGCUGAAGGCGCACAGUGCCCAGACGGGAGCACGAGCCCUCAUCCUCUCGCCAACCCGCGAGCUUGCCUUGCAGACCAUGAAAUUCACAAAGGAGCUGGGCAAGUUCACAGGCCUGAAGACUGCGUUGAUUCUGGGAGGAGAGAGGAUGGAAGACCAAUUUGCAGCUCUUCAUGAGAACCCCGAUAUAAUCAUUGGCACCCCGGGGCGUCUGAUGCAUGUGGCUGUGGAAAUGAACCUGAAGCUGCACAGUGUGGAGUAUGUGGUGUUUGACGAAGCUGACAGGCUCUUUGAGAUGGGGUUUGCGGAGCAGCUGCAGGAGAUCAUCGCCCGGCUUCCCGAGAGCCGCCAGACCCUGCUUUUCUCUGCCACGCUCCCCAAACUGCUCGUGGAGUUUGCUCGGGCCGGUCUCACUGAGCCAGUCUUGAUCCGGUUGGACGUGGAGACCAAGCUCAGUGAGCAGCUCAAGCUGGCCUUCUUCCAUGUGCGUGCGGAUGACAAGCCGGCCGUGCUGCUGCACCUGCUGAGGAGCGUGGUGAGGCCUCAGGAUCAGACAGUCGUCUUCGUGGCCACCAAGCACCAUGCGGAGUACCUCAAGGAGUUGCUGACAGUGCAGGGCGUGAACUGCACCCAUAUCUACAGCUCCCUGGAUCAGACGGCCCGGAAAAUCAACAUUGCCAAGUUCGUGCACGGCCAGUGCGCAGUGCUGAUUGUUACCGACGUGGCUGCCCGUGGCAUCGACAUCCCCAUGCUGGAUAACGUCAUCAACUACAGCUUCCCUGCCAAGCCCAAGCUGUUCCUGCACCGUGUCGGCCGCGUGGCCCGCGCUGGCCGCAGUGGCACCGCCUACUCCCUGGUGGCAUCGGAUGAGACCCCAUAUGUCUUUGACUUGCACCUGUUCCUGGGGCGCCCACUCACUCUCGCCAGCCCCCACGAGAAACCCUCAGACAGGGAUGGGGUGUUUGGCAGAGUCCCCCAGAGCGUCAUCGACGACGAGGAGUGUCUGCUGCUCACUGACCACGAGAGCUCGCUGGACCUGCAGAGCCUGCGCAAGGUGUCGGAGAAUGCGCACAAGCAGUACCUGAAGUCCCGGCCUGGCCCCUCGCCCGAGUCUGUCAAGAGGGUGAAGGAGCUGGACUUCUCCCUGCUGGGCAUCCACCCGCUCUUCAGCUCCUGGCUCGAAGGUUCUUGCUUUGGGGAGGAUGAGCUGGAGAGACUGAAGUUUGUGGACAACAUUAAAACCUACAGAUCCAAAGCAACCAUCUUUGAGAUCAACGCCACCAACAAGACCCUGGCCAGCGAUGUGAUGCGAGCCAAGCGGAGCCGCGACCGCAGCCUCAUCGACAAGUACCAGAGGGGGCAGCAGGAGAGACGGGCUGGGGCUGCGCUGGGGGGCCGGGACCCAGCAGUCCCUGCCCCUGAGGAGGAGGAAGCAAACCUCCAGGAAGUGUUCGCCGCCGUGGUGGGCAGGAAGCGGAAGCGGCACCAGGUGGGAGAGGGCAUCAGGAAGAAGCAGCGGCAUGAGGCGCAGCGGGACGAGGAGUUCUACAUUCCCUACCGGCCCAAGGACUUGGAGAGCGAGCGAGGGCUGAGCAUUGGCGGGGAGGGCAGCGCCUUUGAGCAGCAGGCUUCUGGUGCCAUGCUCGACCUCCUGGGGGACGAGACCCACAACAUGAGCAAGACCAAGCAGCUGCUCAAGUGGGACCGCAAGAAAAAGCGGUUCGUGGGGAAAACUGGCCAAGAGGACAAGAAGAAAAUCUGCACAGAGAGUGGCAGGUACAUCAGCGGCUCCUACAAGAACAACCUCUAUGAGAAGUGGAAGAAGAAAUACAAAGUUGAGGAGUGGGACUCCGAGGAGGAGGCGGGGAACGAGCCGAGAGGCGGGACGCGCCGCAGGGGCAGAGGAGGCAAGCGGCUGGCGCCCUCCCCAGGGAAGCACGGCUCCCAGCAGGGCAAGGUGCACUCGGAGCUGAAGAGCAAGCAGCAGAUCCUGAAGCAGAGGAAGAGGGUGGCCAAGCAGAACUUUCUGCAGAAGGGCGGCCUGAAGCGGCUGAAAGGCAAGAAGCGGCAGCGGGUGCAGGAGCUGCGCAGGACGGCGUUCGGCCGUGGUGCUGCCAAGAAGGGUCAAAUGAGGAAAAGGAUGUAAAGAAUGGAGCGUGGGAGGGCAGCAGGCCGGAUCUGAGCAAAGGGCUGAUCCCCUUUCUAGGGCGUGAGCUGCCCCGUGCAGGCGCCGGCCUGGGCAGGAGCCAUUAAAUGACAUGGUGGUUGGUUUUCA